AUUGUAUUGCAAAAUAAAGAAACACUUGCAAAUUGCAAUAAACCGACAUUUAAAUGACACCAACCAACGAUCAUCGUUCACUACCAAACUCGCACAAAUUUUAUUAUUUUCCAAUCCGAACACAGCUGCUGAUCUCAACAUCAAUGGCGGAGUAUUACACAAGCUAACAAAACCCACCAUCAUUCUUUGACAUUCACGCUCCUCCCCCAUUUUUUCUCUUCUUUAAGCGACUACUAUCUCACAAUACCCAGAUCUCUGUUAACUGUAUUCCGGGUUUUCUUUCGUUUCUAAAUUUGGCGGGUCUUUAGGGUUCAAUUCGUAUUAAUACCUUUUUUUUUAUUUACUAUCACUCAAAUUCAACGAUCUACGUCUGUGUUUUCACGGUUCUCCCCUCUCUAAUCUCUCUUUGUCUUGGUACUUUUCAGUUGAGCUUUGAGUUUGAUCUCAUUGAUUCUUUUUUGGUGAGUUUCAAGUUCUGGAUUGACUAUUCGAUUGAUGUAUGCAUUUCUGUGUUGUGAGCAGUGUGAGAUUGAGUUGAUCAGUGGGGAGAAUCGCCAUGGUGGAUUCUGGGCCAAUUACCCCUGGACAGAUAUCAUUUCUUCUUGGAUUUAUUCCUAUUUUGGUUGCUUGGGUCUACUCCGAGAUUUUGGAGUACAAGAAGUCUUCAUCUCACUCUAAAGUUCAUUCAGAUAAUAACCUUCUUGAAUUGGGAAAUGAGGCCAAGGACGAUGACCGAGCCGUACUUUUGGAAGGGGGCCUUUCGAAAACAGCAUCACAAAAGUCUGCUUCUUUGUCAAUCAAAUCAAGCUUGAUAAGGUUUGUGACAAUGGAUGAGGCUUUUCUGAUGGAGAACCGAGCUACCUUGAGAGCCAUGGCUGAGUUUGGGAUGAUUUUGGUGUAUUUCUAUAUCUGUGACCGGACAAAUAUUCUGGGAUUUUCUACUAAGAAUUACAAUCGUGAUCUUUUCUUGUUUCUCUACGCACUCUUGAUCAUUGUAUCAGCAAUGACUUCGCUCAAGAAACACCAAGACAAAUCAGCUUUUUCUGGGAAGUCUAUACUUUAUCUGAAUCGACACCAGACUGAGGAGUGGAAGGGUUGGAUGCAGGUUCUCUUUUUGAUGUAUCAUUAUUUUGCUGCUACGGAGAUCUAUAAUGCUAUACGUGUGUUCAUUGCUGCAUAUGUUUGGAUGACUGGCUUCGGAAAUUUUUCUUAUUACUACAUAAGGAAGGAUUUCAGCCUGGCCCGCUUUGCUCAGAUGAUGUGGCGGCUAAAUUUCUUUGUUGCUUUUUGCUGCAUUGUGUUGAAUAAUGAUUAUAUGUUAUACUACAUAUGUCCAAUGCAUACGCUCUUCACACUUAUGGUGUAUGGUGCCCUUGGUAUAUUUAACAAGUACAAUGAGGUACCAGUGGUGAUGGCAAUGAAGAUUCUCUCUUGCUUUCUAGUGGUUAUACUUGUUUGGGAAGUCCCUGGAGUUUUUGACUUGAUUUGGAGUCCUUUCACGUUCUUUUUAGGGUACACCGAUCCUGCAAAACCAGAUCUUCCUCGCAUACAUGAAUGGCAUUUCAGAUCUGGGCUUGAUCGUUACAUCUGGAUUAUUGGAAUGAUCUACGCCUAUUACCAUCCAAAUGUCGAAAAAUACAUGGAAAAGUUAGAAGAAUCUGAACCAAAGAAGAGAAACAUAAUCAAAACUGGAGUAGUUGCUGUUGCAUUAACUGUUGGUUACUUGUGGUAUGAAUAUAUAUAUAAGCUAGAUAAAAUCACAUACAACAAGUACCACCCGUAUACAUCAUGGAUUCCUAUAACCGUAUAUAUUUGCUUGCGCAACUUCACACAACACCUGCGUAAUUAUUCUUUGACUCUCUUUGCAUGGCUCGGAAAGGUCACUCUGGAGACUUACAUAUCUCAAUUUCAUAUAUGGUUAAGAUCGAACAUGCCCAAUGGACAGCCUAAAUGGCUUCUCUCCCUAAUUCCAGGGUUCCCAUUGCUGAACUUCAUGCUUACAACUGCUAUAUAUGUUUUGGUUUCGUAUCGGCUAUUUGAGCUGACUAAUGUACUUAAAACUGUAUUCAUUCCUACGAAGGAUAACCGGCGUUUGUUGCAUAAUUUCAUUGCUGGUGCUGCUAUUUCAUUCUGUUUGUAUUUUCUCGCUGUUGUCCUCCUCUUAAUACCUAGCUCACCGGCCUGAAUCGUGGAACAUAGAAUCAUUUUCCCAUACAACCCACGUGGAUCAACUGGCAAGCUAGCUAGGAUCAAUCGGAAUGAGGAGACCGGAAUUGUCUCUUGCAAUUAUAGAUGAUGAAGAUGGUUAUCGCUAAAAUUGGUCAACCAUACCGGAAACAAAGGAUGAGAAAGCCAUUUGUGUAGAUAUUAUGGAGAAAAUCUCUAACGGAGUAUUUUUUUUCCGCCUCACCACCAAGUGAUAUUGUGUAGUUGUAUAGCAUCCUUUCUUUUCCCUUACAUUUUUUUACCUAUUCGAUCCCAUACCCAUACAGCAUGUUCGCUCCUGUUGUGUGUGAGCUACAUAGCAAAAAUAGGUUUUUCUCGGGCGAGUGGUACGAGUUCAGAUUUGCUAUUAUUUGUAAUGAAUUUUAGUUGUGUUCC